AUGUACUCACAUCUUGAAGCUGAAGGCACUUCGGUCACUAUCGCUCAUUGCAAAGCACAGAACCUGCCAGUUGUCGAUCGCAUUCUUGAGCCUCAAACCAUCGCACAUUUUCUUGAGUUUGCGUUCGGUAAACCCCUGCCCAAUGGUAAUCAGCCCAAUAUCGAGCGCUUGUCCACAGAGGAAGCAACCUUUAUCCAACAUGACCAAAACUUUCCCCCGGACUCCAAUGGCGAGCCCAUCAUGACCAGUGUCAUGGCCCGCAUUGGCUCUGAGCGAGAUUCUACCCGUCUCUGCAUGGUCGGAAAGAACAUCCAAUCCCUCAAGUCUCGUCUAUGGGAGGGCAUCAUCCCUCUAAGCGAUCAGGUGUGGCAGGAAAAAGGUCUCGACCAGCCCGAGCAUUUUGAUUUUGCCUGUCAGCAUCUAUCGGCCGUGAUCGCCGUGUUCCAGUACUUGAAUGAACCAACCGUGCGAUUAUAUCUUCGCGACACGUUCAAUUACAUCUACGAUCAUUGGACGGAGCUCGACGCUGUUCUCAACAAGCGCAGAGCAGAGCAAGAUAAAAAGCCCGUUAGUGUCGCAGGUCUCUGGACAAGGUACAUGACUGCGCAUUUCGAGAUGAUGGCCGAGCGCGCCCAUAGGUGGGUUACUGUGCAUGUCAAUACACUACGAACUCCAUUGCUGCGAGCUCUUUUGGGGUAUCGGCCACCGGGAGGAGAUGGCGGCCCGUUAGCCCAGCCUGAUGCUGUGCAGUGGAAAAUUACUGAUUCCCUGCACAUGCUGACGGAAAUCGCCGCCAAUGCUGAUUUUACCAUCAUGAUCCCCAUGAACGGUUACAAAGGGUACUGGGCGGAUGCCCCGCGGCCCGGCCCGGCAGCUCUUCAUGCGGCGAAUCUGUUAACGAGAAGUAAAGCAUACCAUGAGCGUUUGAGGCUGCUUACUCGAGAAGCUAUCUCUCUUAAUGCACCUGCGUGGAUAGGUUCAACUCCUACGUCCGGAGAGUCGUACCAUGGGACAUCCUGGAGCCAGAUUCAAGGUCAGAAUAAAUUGAGGAAAGAGGUGCGUGGUGCACCUCUUGAACCUAUUCCUCGCGAGCCUUGGAUCGCUGCUUGUGCGUCCAAUAUGGAAUCUGGAAAGAAGGAGGGAAAGGACGAAAAGUACGGGUUGGUUGUGUAUCGGUUGACUUAUGGGCAGACGGAGUCGGAAUGGACAGAAUUCGUUCGCAAAGUGGAAGCUCAUGUUUCGGAUUGGGGCAAAGGUCAAACAGGAAGUAUUGCUAUCAAGGAGCAUUUAAAGCUCCACUGGCUAGAUGGGAAGGAAUUGGGUAUUCCCGAGGGCGACGUCGAUGCAUCUAAGCAACACUUCAAAAACACAAUAGAGGGAAGCGACGACUGGUCGAAGCUAGAAGAUGGCGCUUUCCUCGUCGUCGAUUCUGCGUCCUUUGCCUCAUACACCACCAAUUCCUACAGUCCCGCGGCCUCCCGGCUCAUUGCCGGUGACUUCACCGGCUUCCUUCUCGCCGUUGACCCAGACUUCGACCCAAAGGAGGGCAGCUCACGACCAGAUGAGUCUCCAGGCUACAGCGGACAGAUGCGAAUUCUCGGCAGUCUUGUGUGGAGUGAUCUCUACUCCCUACUCACAGCGCAGACAUCAGACCUCGAAGACCACUGGCCAUUAGCAAGCGAGCACCCAAACAUGGUAUAUGUGGGCCCAACAAUCCCAUGGCAGAGAUUUAUCUGGCGGAAACACAGCGAGAUGCGCUGGAAUCUCCUUCGAGCGGUCAUAGACCAUGUGAAGCUCAACCAGGGAAUUCCAGUAACGACGCAACCACCCCCAGCCCAAGCUAUAUCUGCAAUGACGUCCCCUACUGCAGCUACAUCUACGGCUGUGUCAUCAGUUUCAUCAGCGAGGGAUGUGCCACCACCCCAAGCCCAAACUACAUCUACAACAAUGCCCCCGACGGUAGCUGUAUCUACAGCCGCGCCAGUAACCUCUCCUGUUCCCUCAUAUACAACAGCCGCAGAACAGGAUCCCGUCAGCAACGCUUCUGUGCCCUCAUCGACACCACCCAUCGAAGAGGCUCCCGUCAACGACCCCCUCCGCACAUUUAUGCUCGCCGAGUUUCAGCGGUACUUACGCCAUCGGGGUCACCCGCGGCGGGCGGCCAUGGUUGAUGAGCUGCUCCGUCUUCAACCAGGUGAAGAGCCGGAUGCAGGCCGGCUGCGGCAGUUAGUGGACGACGAGAAUCAGCGGCAGGAGCAGCGGAGGCGAGAUGGCCUAGGUGAGGAUGAGGAGGCUUCGGGGGAGUAUCGACCGGACUGCCCAUUGCAGUAA